GUGGCAGUUUAGCGCUCGACCAAGACUGCAUUGUGCUAGCGGAGAGCUCGUGACUUGCGUGACAAGCGCUGCCCAAGGAGGACAGCUUCCCUGGUGCUCUUGCUCGAACUUCCUUUGACAUCUCAGCGUGGUCGUUACAGAGGACCAUCAGAAUGAAUGACAUCGACGAUGAACCUCCUCUUAUCAUCGAAAAUAAGGAAGCACUCCCAGGCUUCACGGCCAAGGAACAGCGCGUGAUCGUGCGCUACCUCCACCACAUGAAGACGCGCUCCACUGAAAUCCACAAGCUCCUGGAGGCGGUGUGUGGUGAAGCCGCAGCUCCGUACAAGCUCGUCAAGGCAUGGGUCACCGACGAUGUUAAGGGACAGGAAGACCAAGAAGAACAGAAUAAGAAUGCGUACAGUACUGCCACUAACGGAGCUGUGUCCCCCAAACAAACCCUACCCACAGACCCGGCUUUAGUUUAUCGUUUGGAGCAUCUAGUGAACAACGACAGGAGGCUAUCAAUUGAACGGGCGUCUGAUCUGGCGAUGGUUACAAAACAAACAGCGCAACACGUUAUUUGCGAUGUGCUUGGAAUGAAAAAAGUGUUCGAGCGUUGGGUGCCUCGAUUAUGGACUCCUGAACAAAGAUCCUAUCGUGUUCAAGUUGCCGAAGAACUUCUUCGUCGGCAUGAGGCUGAAGGCGAUGAGUUCCUUGAGAGGAUCAUCGUUGGAGACGAAACAGUCGUGUACUACUACACUCCCAACACAUUGCGUCGCCACUCGGUCACAAUGACAAGAGGAGUCCUUGGUGUAGGUGAAAAAUAUAGGCCCAGCAUUGAGCAAGUCGGUGUCUCGUUCAUGCUCUACUAUGAUAUUUAUGGUUUGCUUCUGGCAGAGCACGUACCGAGCGGAGCUGACAACGCUGCAGACAAUUAUGCAAAUAUUCUGAAAGAACACCUCACAGAGGCUUACGCCCGAAAACGCCGAGGAAAGAAGUUGAGCGACUGCAUCUUGCUUCAUGACAACACCGCUCCUCACAGUUCGAAGGCCGCUCGCCAAGUUCUCACCGAACUUGAGCUAGAGGCUUUGCCUCACCCUCCAGCGUCACCUGACUUCGAACCUCAUGAAUAUUGGCUCAUUCCGUUCCUACGGAACAGCAUGAGAGGCGCCACCUACCACGAUAAACAGGUUAUCAUCACGGCCCUGAGUCAUCACCUGAAGCACCUCAUGGAAUGCGAAUUCUUGAAAUCAAUCAAAUCCUUGCCGACGCGCUGGGCGCAGUGUGUUGACACCAGCGGCCUUUAUGUCCUGUAAUCCGUAAAAACAAUUUUAAGGAUGUCUUUUGCGACGGCACUUAAUCGACUGCAUCACAUCUUCAGGUGAAAGUUUUGCUAAAUUGUUGAAGGGGAGCAUCGUCUUUGUUACGAGGAAGAAGAGAAGUCUGUGCGGGAUUCAGAAGAACACUCAUUAUGCAGGGCCCUAUAUGCAUUGCGAUAUAAACAGCAUUUGGAAUUGCUUCAUUUUUCCUCAGAAAAAAAGAAAAUAUGACUUAAAGAAAAACUUUUAGGACAUAAAGUUCAUUUUGUAUAUAUUUUCAUCUGAUGUCAUGUUGCCAUUUUACGCAUUACGUUCAUUCGUUUAGGUUGACGUAAGUAGAUUUAUGUCGUCUGUACAAAUACUAUUUAUUGGUUGAAGUGCCUAUAUGUUGUUGGCGUAUUAGAUCUGAAGAGCAAAUUCUUCGAUAUCGUAUAAGUUGAAUUAAAAAUUUACUUCCUCAUCUUCAAGGUAAGCAAACUUCCUCCAUGUUCCGGCUCGACCAGCCGUAGUUGCUCUUUCAGACAUGUUUGCUUGUAUCAAAAUCAUCCUAUAUUCUCAUUCUUUGGUUAAUAGAAUCUUGUGUUGACUGACUAUAUUACCUGCAGCGGGAGAGCUUCAGCUUAGAAAAUAAAUCAUGCAAAUAUCUUCACAGCACCCUCUAGUGCGCGUCAAAAUCUGCAUGAGCUCAAACAAAAAGUGUGAAAGGUCUUAUCUUGGAACUUUAAUUUGUAUUGAAGAUAACUGGCUCAAGCUAAAGGAUAACUUAAAUAAAGCCAGAAUUGGAAUAAUUCUCAUCCAUAUUUGUGUACUUUAUUCUAUAGAAAGAUUUCACUCUGUUAACAAAAGAUUAUUUUUCAAGAUAUUGCGUACAGUGCAAUCUAUCAAGGUUAUAAAUUCAAUUAAAAGUGAUAGGAAAAGAUCAUACACUAUCACAAGGCUCUCUGUAUCAAUACACUAAUCGUGCAGAGUAAUGGAAUAAAUGUAUUGUUAGACUAAGGAUAAUACUCGUAUAAUAAUUGUAAUAUAUUCAACUUUUAGUUUGAGGUACCGUUUUAUUUAUACGCAGUUUGCUUUUAUCGUCAUAUGUUAUGUUUUCACAGCAGCUAGGGGUGUUUUUGCUGGUAUACUCUGAUGCUCUAUGAAAUAGGUUUUUGUUUCGAUAGCCAGGCACUAAAGUAGCAGCUACGAUCUUUUAUUCACUGAAAGCAUUCAUCGGACGUCAAACUAUAAGCCUACGUUCAUAACAUCCAGAGAAUCAGUGUUUCAGAUAAUAAAUUAACUAUGCGACGUGAAUUAUCUGGAUACAUUUAUUAGAAAUAGUCUGUUAAAAUGGACGAGAAUUAACGUUAACCUUGUUCGCCAAUUCAAUUCCUUGGAGAUCCGAAAAAGAAGACCAAACCGAGAUAAUUACUUGCAUUAUUUUUCUCGAACUAAUUUGUCUCUAAAAUGUAAACCUCAUAUUUUUUCUAACUGGACAUUUUAUUGCAAAAUGGAAAAUGAAUGACACUUUGCACGUUUCAUUUGUAAUCACCGUUUAAGAAGCGAAUAGAAAGGUAUACAGCACUCAACAACCGUAGUAGAAUAACUUGGUAUGGGCACAGUAAUCAUAAAUUUAAGAUACCUUAUCAUGAGUGAUAAUAUACUUGCCUUAUCGCUUAUUGUACAUUAUAGUACAUACGUAGAAUAUUUUCAGGAUUUUUCAACAAAAUGGAAACAUUACAACCCGUGGCAGGAUGCCUGGGCAUACAAAUUAUGGGCACCAAGACGGUGCCAAGUUUUCUAUGCGGUUGUCUAGGUAGAAUUCAAGGUUAAUUAAAACAACGCACACCUGCGCGGACGGCUUGGCCUCGAAAUGCACCUCACCAGUAUAUUAUCGUUCUAUAUGUGCAAGAAAUUAAAUAUCAGAAGAAUAAGAUAUGAAGAAAACUGCAUGGCAUUGAUAGUUUUAAGAGUCCAGACACAUUCGAUAGGAAAAGAGCCAACGGGCUCCCAGCAUGUCUGCCGCGAUAGUGUAGAGCUAAAAAAGUAUAAAUAGUGUUAUUCAAUAGUUAAAAAAAUAUGAAUAAUUCAGAUAACAUGUAUCGUUCGUUUAACCAGAGUUAUCUGAUACGCAUUAAUAAUGUGUGCCUAUGCUAGCUGAAUUAUAAUUUAAAUUAUGACAUAGUCUUGAAUAAUAGUGCUUCUCACGUG